CAUCACCCUCCCUUUCACGCCAGAAAGAAGACAGCCUUGUAGGCAUACUUACCUCUGCCCAUCAUGGCUACUGAUCCGACAUCUUCCCCACCCAACACCAACACCAACACCAGCAGCCUAGAGCCCUACACCACGCUGCUGCAAUGGAUGACCCAACACGGCGGGCAUCUGCACGAAAGCGUGCAAAUAGCCAAAGACGAGCGACGCGGCGUGCACCUCCAAGUCCGAAAGGACUGGGCCGCCGGCGUCCCCAGCGGCACGCAUAUCAUCCAGACGCCGCUGGCGUCGACCAUGUCGUACUUCAACGCGACGGACUACGCGAAGGAAGGCAGUGCUGCCUCGUUCCCCGCGCACGGCGUCCACCUCCCGCAGGCGUUCAUGGACGCCGUCGGCACCGAGGAGGCGUCGAUUUUCUUCCUCAUCGGGCAGUUCCUGCGUGGGCCUGACGGCUUCUGGUACCCGUAUCUCAGGACGUUGCCGCAGCCUGGGGAGCUGACGACGCCGAUGUAUUAUGGGGAGGGCGAUGUUGAGUGGUUGCAGGGGACGAGUCUGUUGGCGGCUAGGGAGCAGAAGACGAGCUUGUUGAGGGAGAAGUAUGAGCGGGCUUUUGCAGUGCUGAGUGAGUUGGGGUUUGAAGGGAGGGAGAGCUAUACGUGGGAUCUCUAUAUCUGGGCGUCGACCAUUUUCGUCUCGCGCGCGUUCUCGGCAAAGGUCCUCUCCGGGGUGAUUCCUGAUGCGGAGCUGCCGGAAGAGAACGUCUCCGUUCUUUUGCCGUUUAUUGACGUCUUGAAUCAUCGUCCACUGGCUAAGGUCGAAUGGCGCGCUGGGAAGGAUGAUGUUUCGUUCGUGGUGUUGGAGAACGUUGCUGCUGGCGAGGAGAUUGCGAAUAACUACGGUCCUCGGAAUAAUGAACAGUUAAUGAUGAACUACGGGUUCUGCCUCCCGGACAACCCGUGCGAUUAUCGGAUUGUCAGUCUACGAGCACCACCGGGCAGUCCGCUUCAGGUCGCAAAAGCCCAACAGAUGCAGAUGUUCCCUGAAAUGGCGAGUGCCCUGGCCGAUGAUCAUUACUACGUGUUUAACGUUUUCUAUCCCCUACUUGCUCCCGACACCCCCAUGGAGCAUUCGAUAUUCUCGCCGGCGCUGUUCAACGGCGUAUCCAUCCUGGCAGCAAACAACCGGGAAUUGGAGACGCUAGAGAUCUCGGAGCAAGGCGUCCGGAUUGCCGAUGCAUAUGGAAACUCGCGGACCAUCCUUGCUGCUAUCAGCCAGAUCAUCAUCGAGCUUAUCACUCACAUCGUGAAACUGAAGUCAUCUGCGGAAGAGCUCUCAAGCCCCGCAAGUCUCAAGCAGACCCAUGCAAAGGUUUACCGGGACAGUCAGAUCAUGCUGUCCGAGACGGCUCUUGUGGUUGCGGCAUGGACCCUCAACCGGUCACGGCAGCACAGCUUCACCGGAAGCUGGGACGAAACCAAGCACCUCCUUGGUGCCCACAUGGGCCGCAUCCCGAAGGGGAAAUUUCCGGAGACAGUCCUGUCGCGAACUCAGAUGCGGAUUCUAGAGCGACAGUCCAUCCUCGCGAACAACGGGGAGCUCUUUGCAUUGGAGGAGCUACUGGAUCUUCUCCCGGCUGAAAUGCAACAGCCGUCCAAAGCGUGCUUCCAAGAGGUUACCGCAACGGCUGAAAAGGCCAUGCCGAUGCUGCGAGGAAGCGGCGAAACGCCCUUUGCUUUCCCCAUGUUCCUUUGCGCUGUUAUGGCGGCCUACAGGAUCGCAAAAAAUUCAUCCAACGCCUCUCUGCUGUCUCCUCGUCUAGCCCAAUGGGCUGGCUUCCUUCUGGAGAAGUAUCCGCCCCCGCCUGACGAUGUACUCUGGGCUGUGGAGGACGAGGACGAUGAAUAUCUAUUGACGAUGUUUGACGAAGCUCUUGAAAAUAUGAAAGAAAAGAACAACUGGGUAUUCUCCCGGUUGUCUGCGUACACCGGGGGGUGGGAGAACGACAACUGGUGGCUUUCUCCCAAUUGGGUGCGAUGGGCCUGGAUGCUAGUUGAGCAGGAGAGCGUGUCGGUGCCCGAGGAUCCACUGGGACUAUUGGCGGCCGGGGAGCCGGGACAAGGGUCGGUGAUGCUGUCGACGGUGUCGUAUCUGUAUGUGCCGCAGGUGUAAGAAGG